UUGGAAUUUCAGUGACGCAACAUUGCAUGAACUUAGCAGUGAGCACUACUCCUUUCGGCCUGCAUUUCGUACUUAUCAUCUACAAUAAAGUCGGCCCACCUUCACCAUCUCCAGCCAUGCAUAUCAGCUACCGAGGCGGAGUUCCCAUCAAUGGCCCCUCCACCCUCACAAUCCAAGUUUCUUCAUUUAUCACUUUCACCCCGCAUAUACUUGUAACCCGUACCAAAAUAUCAAGAUUGAUUAGCACUUUCCACCUUGGACGUUCACUGAGUUGAUUCAGCUACUGUAAGCUGUAAAAGGGUAAGGUCUGAACUUCCUCUUUUUUGUCCUCAAGAAAUGAUUGAUUAUUGGUUGAUGGAGGGGGUUUGGGCUGAAGGAAUUCAGUUGUAAGAUGGCUGAGGAGGAUGGGUUCAUCGUGGAAGCUCAGAUGUCUUUCAAGAAGAAAGGUGCGGUUUCGAGGAGCUGGAUGGUGUUGGACGGUAGUGGGCAGGGGGUGGUUUUGGAUUUGGAUAAGUAUGAUAUCAUGAGAAGAGUGCCCAUAAAUGCCAGAGACCUUCGAAUUCUGGACCCUUUGUUGUCUUAUCCUUGUGCGAUUCUGGGAAGGGAAAAGGCAAUUGUCCUCAACUUGGAGCACAUCAAGGCAAUCAUAACAAUUGAUGAGGUAUUACUAAGGGAUCCUCUUGAUGACAAUGUCUUACCAAUUGUUGAAGAGCUCCAAAGGCGGUUGCCGUUGGCGAUUGGCCGUGGUGAAGGAGAAGAAGAAGAGUUGCCUGAAUCACGAAAUAGUGAAGCUGGAACUGAGCAACAAACUGAGUUCCCGUUUGAAUUCCGAGCUCUAGAAGUAGCAUUAGAAGGUAUAUGUAGCUCUCUUGAUGCUCAAACUAGAGAAUUGGAGGUUGCUGCUUAUCCUGCUUUGGAUGAGCUGACUGCUAAGACAAGCAGUCGAAACUUGGAUCGUGUGAGAAAAUUGAAGAGUUCUAUGACAAGAUUAACGAGUCGGGUUCAGAAAGUAAGGGACGAACUAGAGCAGCUUCUGGAUGACGAUGACGACAUGGCCGACCUUUAUUUGUCAAGAAAAUCUGCCGUGUCAGCUUCCUCACCCACCGAUUUUGGAAAUGCCAAGUGGCAGCUGACAGCCGAUGAAUCCCCAACAAUAAGCUCAAAGAUAUCCAGGAAUAGCAGCAGGACAAGUGCAGUCACCAGUAGUCAAGAGGAAAAUAACGUCGAGGAACUUGAAAUGCUGCUUGAGGCUUACUUUGUACAAAUCGAAAGCACAAUGAAUAAGCUGACCACGUUGCGAGAAUACAUUGACGACACAGAAGAUUACAUCAAUAUUCAGCUAGACAAUCAUCGGAAUCAACUUAUUCAGCUAGAACUGUUCCUAAGUUCCGGGACUGUGUGUUUGUCUAUGUACUCUUUAGUUGCAGCCAUAUUCGGGAUGAACAUUCCGUAUCCAUGGAGGGAAAACCAUGGCUACCUGUUUAAAUGGGUGGUGAUGCUUACUGUACUUGCUUGUGGAUCGUUUUUCUUGUCGAUAAUCACAUAUGCUCGUCACAAGGGUCUUGUUGGUUCUAAUUGAACACACUA